AUGGCCUCCAUUUUGGAACAGUACGAACAUGAACAACAAACGGGUGGAGGUUUGCCAUCAAGCAGACAGAUAUUGAGUGAUGAACCUGUGAGUUUUAUACCAUACUUUGUACUCUUUCUACUGACUUUGUUCUAAACCAAAUGCAUCAAUUACUAUAUGUACUAUAUGCAAUUUAAACCUGUACUGUAUUUAGACAUAUAAAAAGUAUCUUUCCCAAUUUGUGGCUACAAAAGAUACCGAAUUUCGGCAUAGCGUAUAACCUCAGCGGUUUGUGGUUAUAUUAAAAGGAUACCAGAUUUAAUCAUACCUUUAUAUAGCCAUGGCGGUUUGUAGCUAUAAAGGAUGCUGGAUUUCGGCGUACCUUUAUAGCACUUUGGUAUGCUCGUGAGCAUGCAUACUGCAUGAUUUUUGUGUACGUAUGAGGGGGCUGAUGAGCAUACCGGAUUUCGGUAUGCUCAUGACCGCAUGCAAAUAUGUAUCAAAAUCCUGUAAUAUCCGAGUCAUGAGCAUGCUUAUGAGCAUACUCAAUGAUUGGGUCGUUCCAGAAAAGAUCCAUACUCCCCCCACAGAGGAAAUUUCUGCCGUCUGGAGGGGGAGGGGAGAAAAAAUUGUUUCUGAUAAUAGUAAAUGUAUUAGGACAUCCGAAGGGGGUAAGGGGGUUAACUUCCUAUUUCCUCCGUGGGGUGGUAUGGAUGUUUAGUGGAAUGACCCAUUUUUGUGUGUCUAUGAACACGCUAAUGAACAUACCUGAUUUUGGUGUGCUCAUGAGCACACCCGUGUAUUUACCAAAACCAUGUAAUAUCCUCAUGAGAAUGCUUAUGAGCAUACCUUUACUGCCACGAACUGCCGUGGCUAUGAGGAAUGGGGGAAAUCUGGUAUCCUUUAUAAGCCACAAACCACUGUGGCUAUAAUGUGUGCCGAAAUCCGGUAUCCUUUAUAGCCACAAACCGCUGUUGCUAUAAGGAAUGAGGAAAUCCAGUAUCUUUUAUAGCCACAAACCACUGUGGCUAUAAUGUGUGCCGAAAUCCGGUAUCCUUUAUAUAGCCACAAACCUCUGUGGCUAUAAUGUGUGCCGAAAUUCAGUAUCCUUUAUAGCCACAAACCGCUGUUGCUAUAAGGAAUGAGGAAAUCCAGUAUCUUUUAUAGCCACAAACCACUGUGGCUAUAAUGUGUGCCGAAAUCCGGUAUCCUUUAUAGCCACAAACUGCUGUGGCUAUAAGGAAUGGGGAAAUCCGGUAUCUUUUAUAACCACAAACCGCCGUGGCUAUAAUGUGUGCCAAAAUUCGGUAUCCUUUAUAGCCACAAACCUCUGUGGCUAUAAGGAAUGGGGAAAUCCGGUAUCUUUUGUAACCACAAACUGCCGUGGCCAUAAUGUGUGCCGAAAUCCGGUAUCCUUUAUAGCCACAAACCGCUGUGGCUAUAAGGAAUGGGGAAAUCAGGUAUCUUUUGUAACCACAAACCACCGUGGCUAUAAUGUGUGCCAAAAUUCGGUAUCCUUUAUAUAGCCACAAACCUCUGUGGCUAUAAGGAAUGGGGAAAUCAGGUAUCUUUUGUAACCACAAACCGCCGUGGCUAUAAUGUGUGCCGAAAUCCGGUAUCCUUUAUAGCCACAAAUCGCUGCACAAUGGCUAUAAGGAAUAGCGAAAUCUGGUAUCCUUUUUAGAUAGAAACUGCCAGUGGGUGGUGUAAUGGGUACUGUACUAUAAUAUAAUUCAAUAUAAAAAUAUAACUAUUCACCAAAAUUGGAUCGUUGACAAAUAAAUUUCAUAUGUUUGUGAUGUUGCUAUGAGUGUGUCCACACCAGGCAUGCUGAAAAGUUUGGACCUUGAUGUUUUACUUCAUUGUUUCACGUCCAGAUUGCCACUGGCUAUGUUGACUUUCGCAGCGACGAUGUACAGAUGUUUCGCCGAGAGAAAAUUAAUUUCAGGUAGGUAUUGUUUGGGGAAAACGCACCACAUUUGGGCCGAAAGUGGUGCAUUUUCCUGUGCGUGAUAAAAAUUAAUACAAAAUUUGCAAAUUGUUGUAGGGCUACAUUUUCCUCAUUUUACAACCAAACUUUGCAAUUUUACUAAUUUUAACACGCUCUUUCUAGCUUUGCUGGUGGAUUUUGUUCUUCUUGCCUAGAUCAAAAUUUAGUCUAUGGCCGGUUCCAUCUGUUAUGUUACUUAAUUUGUUUAUCUUUAGACCUCCGUCAAGCAUCAUGGAUCUAUCAGUCAGCAACAGUACAGUGAUUAUUGCUCUAAACAGCUCAGUCAUGAGAUUGAACUUGAUGAACACAGAAGAACUUGACAGUAAGUUGAUGAAAUCAAUAUUUGAUAGAGCUGCUCCCAUCGGUUAAUUUUCGUAAUCGAUUAAUCGUUGCAUGUCAAUAAUUGAUUAAUAUCGAUUAAUAAUUUAAUCGUAUUGAUAAUUCAUUUAAAUUUUGACAAACCCAUGGUGGUGUGACAGGUUUGUAAAUUGUAGUUAAUUAAACUUUGCGAGACUUAGACUCUUAGGCAAAAUUUUUUUUAUUUAUUGGUUUAAGCAUAAAAAAGAACCCUGUGGUUCCGGUUCUCGACCGACCCUAUUUUUUUCUGCCGACCCUAUUAUUUUUUCAACGUGAUUGACCUUGCAACCUUAUUUUGUGCAGGUGGUUGCGGGCUGCUCAUACAGCGUGCCAAAAUGGCGUCUGUUGUCACAAUAAUUAAUGAACCAAAUUGCCUAAAUUCGUCCAUAGGAAAUACACACCUCUAGUUAAUAUUGAUGUUGGGAAAAACCGGCAAAACCAUGAAAAACAUAUCAAAAAAAAAUUUUAUUUCCGACCUACAGACCCUAAUUUUUUCACGAUAUGAAACCGGAACCACAGGUAUUGUUUUUUACGCCUUGUGGAUCCGCUGACCAUAAAUUUUUGGAAAGUGAAAAAUAAAAAAAAAAUUGGAUGUCGACAAUUUUACGAUUUUAGUUAAUUUGGGGUUCUGACAUGUAAGUACACGCCAAGUAAACUUUGACUCACAUUACUGGUGGCUCAUGUUAUCUUUGUGAUAAUCUUGAAAAACAAUGUUGUUUUAAUUUUUUUUCCGACCUUCUGACCUCUUUUUUUUAAGUUAAAUCCAUAAACCAAUAAAUAAAAAAGUCUCGCCUUAUGGAUAAUUGGUUUAUGUUUGCACACCGAAGCACACCGCAAUUAGCCAUUCCGAAGUUGAUGAGUGGACUGGGGACGAGUGUUAAAAAGUGCCCAAAUUAAGAAAUGAACCAAAUCACUAAAAAGAGCACCUCAAAAUUAGUAAGUAUACAAAGUUUUAAGACGUUUACAUGAAUAUCCUUCGAAUAAUAAGCUUUCGAAAAUUAUGAAAUUACUGAUUAAAAGAUUGUUUUUGGGACGCGCGUCCCAAAAACACAAAUUACAAUACAUUUCAUAGUAAAUAUCGGAUUUUCUAAAGCUUAUUAUUCGAAGGGUAUUCAUGUAAACGUCUUCAAACUUUGUAUACUUACUAAUUUUGAGGUGGUCUUUUUAGUGAUUUGGUUCAUUUCUUAAUUUGGGCACUUUUUAACACUCGUCCCCAGUCCACUCAUCAACUUCGGAAUGGCUAAUGUUGGACGCAAAUGGUAAUAAAUUAUUUUAAUAAAUAAACUUUAAAAAUAUUUUUGCAGCACUGGUAACCUGAUCAGUCUAUGGUAAACUUUGCACCGGUGCAAGUGGAACUGAUAUUUGACCCACAAUGUUUUGAAUCGAUUUGUCAUUUAAUGUUUCAAUCACAAAUUUUUUUAAUCCGGAAAGAAAUUAAUUCAUCACCCUGUGUGGAGUGUGGUGUAAGUUAUAGAUGAUCUGUGUGUUAUAGAUGAAUCGAUUGUGGAAAAAUAUUCGAUUAAUCGGGAGCAUCUCUAAUACUUGACAAAAUAUUAUGAAAUAUAGCAGGACGGUUUCUCUAUGUGUCAUAUGAAAUUAUUUCUAUAAAAUUAAUUUGAUUUUUCUAACUGCGAAGUUUUUGUGUUUCACGAUGGCAAACAUUCACACACAGAUAAUUUUUCGCUCUGUUUAAUAUUGUGCACACCUAUAUGUAUGAUCUGCGCUUGAAAUUCUAAAAUUUCGAAUUUAAAUACAAGUACGAUAUUCUUCUAUUCUGUUUGACACGAGUUGAAAUGUUUUAUUUCUAGAAAUUGAAGUUUCUAAAAAGCCAGAAGAUACGGUGUAUAAAAUAUUCCAAGAUCCAACAGCACGGCAUGCAAUUAUCUGCUUGAGAUCAUACGAGUCUCUUUAUCUGGCAAGAAACAGCAAGAAACCUAAGCCUAUUCCCAAAUUAAAGGUUGGUACUUGUUCAUUCCAGUGGCGUCACGUUAUAUCAGGGAGCCCCCGGUUCAAAAUUUUCGAAGGCCCCCUAGUAGAAGUGCCAAAGGCACAAGUUGAGCUCCGUAUAAAUAUAUGCGCGAGUUUUCUAGUAGCCUGCGUAGCAGGCGUUUAGCUGACGGGCGGGUACAGAGGGAACGCCUGCCCAAAUUGGCUAUGACAAAUUUGUUUUCGCCCAUUAAGGAUGAUUGACGUUUUGUAAUUAGCACCUUCACCCAUUAUCCAAUCAUAGUCGAGAUUUAUAUUUAGCAUCAUGCAUGCUUUUUGCUCGGCAACUACCAUCCUCGUUCCCAGGGCUUCUCGGCUGCCUGCAGGCAGCCGAGAAGCCCUGGGAACGAGGAUGGGCAACUACCGGAGAUUUGCAGAGAUUUUAUGCACUAUUUAAAACACGAGCAGCAGUGUUUUAUCAGAUGUAAAGAUGGUCUGAUAAAACAAGCACUGCGAAUGUUUUAAAUUGCUUCAAAAACGAUCGAUCUAGUAUACAUUCAUUGGCGAAGUAGCUUUCAAAAAAUUCGAAUCGGUGUAUAUGUAGAAAAAAUCAUUAAAAUUUAUGUAAAUCAAGGGAAAUCUCUAUCACAUAUCAAGGAUACGACACGUUUAUGAUUUUUCUUUGUGUUUUCCUCAUGAAUUAUUAAUGAGUUUUUGAAGCUAUUUUAGACAACAGUCAGUCACAACGUGCACAGAGCUUUUAUCUUUUAAAAGACUCCUGAACCACGGUUGUUUAACGUAUUCUGCCGUAUAGCAAAAGUACAGUUGAGCAUGUUUUGAAAUGUUAUUCUUAAAAUCAUCAUUCAACCUCAUAACUGCAAUGCCAAGUGAUAUAGCCUCAACUAUCUGGUCUUGAAUUAUACUUUAAAGUGAACAAAUAACAAGACAACUAUAUUAAUUAAAGAAAUAUUCAGGAUAUAUUUAAAAUGUAUAAUUGAAAGAUCAAACUUUUCCGUAUUUCUAGGAAGAAUCGCGAUAACCGGCGUCUUCACCACGUAGCAAAUUAAUAAUAUACUUUCUCUGUUCUGGUUCAACUGAAUUUCGAAGCCUAAAUACUUGAAAUAUAAGAAAGUUUCCUCGAAAGCAUUAACAGGCGGCAUAUUUUUGAUACGCGACUAUAAAGUGUAAACGCGUCAACGCGAGCAAAAUUAUUGUUGACAUUUGAGUUACGUAAUUACUUUCGUUAACGAGAUUAACCAAUGGGAAGCUUUUCCGAAGAUUCUUCGGAGAAGAACAAAUUAAUCAUAGGCAUUUGGGCAGGCGUUUAUUUAACGACGCCCUUUCUUCUCCCGCCCGCACUAAACGCCUGCUACGCAGGCUAGUUUUCUAGGGGUCCUCAUGCUUACCCGGAAAAUUUUUGAAUCUAGACUCUCUGAAAUGUCAUUUCCCAGACUUUGGGGAGAGAUUUUACAAAAUUCUGACGGUCAGAAAACGACGUUGUGACAUAUCAGAGGCCCUUGCCUCUACAGUCUGAGGGCCCCCAUUUGGCCCACUGGGGUCGGGGGCCCCGGGUUCGCCCGGUCCGAGCCCAUAGCAAUUACGGCACUGGUUCAUUCUUAAACAUAGAUAUCAUCCUUCAAGGUUGACUGUUUUUAGUUCGUCAGCUUGACGAGUUUGCAUACGUUGUUCGUUGGUUCAAGUUUGACAACACUGGGAAUUAGCAAUUGAUUCCUACAAUUUUAUAUGACAUUAUGCACUGCUGUGAUGACAUUUGGCAAUGGCAAUGUUCGAUUCCCACCGUCGACAGGCAUAUUUUUCAAGCUUGCCCGAUAUGGAUAUACACUCAGAGUAACACUACACCAACACUGAAAAAAUCAUGUUCUGUUAGGCAUAAAAAAAUACCUGUGGUUCCGGUUUCAUAUCGCCAAAAAAUUAGGGUCGGUAGGUCGGAAAUAAUUUUUUUUUUGAAUAUUUUUUUCAUGGUUUUUUCAAUAAUUAGUGUGACAACAGACGCCAUUUUGGCAGUAGCCCGCAACCACCCGGAGAAAAUAGGGUCGCACGGUCAAUCGCGUUGAAAAAAUGAUAGGGUCGGCAGAAAAAAAUAGGGUCGGUCGGGAACCGGAACCACAGGUAUUUUUUUUACGCCUUACGUUUUACAUUAUGUUUUGUUUAAUAAUUAUAAAGUUUAUGUCGGCUUUUUAUCAUGUACGCCGAUUAUGUGACUGGACAGUUGCUGUAGAUCAGGCUUUUAGCCAGGGUCCUGAAAGACCGGCGUCCAAUUUUGGUAUAACGAUACAUCUACAGUGAAGAGGGGAGGGGGGAAGGGGGGGGGGGGGGGUCAAGAAAACGUUCCUCUGGAAAACCUUUGAAAUUUACGUUACUUCAUGUCAGUAUCUGUUCCAAGCUCGUUCGAAAAUUUUCCAACACACUUGGCUUUGUGAGUUUGUGCCGCUGUACUUCUUUACUUAAUUAUGACAUUUUCAUUCAGCCAGGUACACCAUCAAAUUGAUCAAAAUGUUAAAUGUGUAAUAAUAAUGGGAAUUGAACCUGUUUCGUUUCAAAUAUAUUAAUAUACUUAGAGAAAUCAUUGAGAAUAAUUUUCCUUUCCCCCCAGAAUUUGGGCGUCCAAAGGCGUUUUCGUUCUAGGGGCGUCCCUGAACGCCUGGGCGCCCUUCUGGCUAAAAGCCAGCUAUAGAUCCGCCCCUGUAACUGUUGUUUUGAUGGAUGAAGCGAAAUCCAAAAUUUGGUUGCCCAAAUUCCAUAAUUUAUUCUGUCCUUCCCAGUCCUCGCACAACAUUAGAUCAUAAUGUAUAUUUCGUAGGGUCACCUGAUCGAAGCCGUAGCUUGGAAUAAAACUAGACUGAACGAAACAACCACACAAGCAAUUUUGAUUGGAACAAGUAAAGGUAAACAUUGACAUUUGUCCAAUUAUUGACAGUACUGUACAUUUAAUAAGUAAUUAUUACAUGGAGUGUUUAUCUUAUUGCACGUCACUGAAUUUAGCAGGGUCUUAGCUAGAGGGCCGUGUUGGCCGUGUUAUCGCGGCUAGAUAAAAUGAACGCGGCUUCAUUAUUUAUAUAAGGCCGUGUAGGUUCAUAAAAUAAGGUGGUGCUACAGUACUUACAACAGACAGAAUUUCUUCCAAUUUACGUCGUAAGAAAGUUUCUAAAAUCUACUGUACAUAGUUGUUGAAAUUGGAAAAAGUGAUCCGUGAUGUUUUAAUGUUUUGAUGGAUAAUGAGACCAUAUGGUAUUAAAAUGGUUUUAAAUACCCGCAGGAGUUGCUGAAAUAACUUAAUAUUUUAAUGUCAGUACGCAAUGUGAACUAGCCUUGUAUUAGGUUGCAAAGCAUACAACAACGACAUGCAGGCAUUGUCUGUUGUUGGCGAGCAUAACUACAAAUAUGCACACCCUGGUCAUUUAGAAACACGCCCAAGAUCUAAGAUCCUAGCUAAGACCCUGGAAUUUAGUAUAUGUAUCUUUUCCCUGAUCAUGUGUAAAACAUACUUUUAUAGGGCUGAUAUUUGAAACAGAUCUUGACAAUGAAGAAAAGUUUUUUCAAGCCGGUCUGGAAAAGUAUUGUAGACAGGUCCGUACAGUUUAUGUUUCUGCUAUGGUUUUACUGUCGUUCCAAUUGAAGUGUUGCUCAAAUAUUGAUUCAAUACAUUACCUCGGGCUGACCAAUUCAUUUGAUCAAGUUCCUCGAGAUAUUCAUACACUUCCUAGUAUAAUUGUAAACUUCCUGUUGAAUAGUUUGAAUGCACCAAUCACCUUUGUUGUUUGUGCAACUAACCAAUCAUAAAUAGAAAGGAAGUGACCAGAAAUUAUCAAAUACUUGGAAUUGGCUCUUUCACAGGAAGUGUAUGAAUAUCUAGAGGAACUUGAUCAAAUGAAUUGGUCAGCCCGAGGUAAUGUAUUGAAUCAAUAUUUGAGCAACACUUCAAUUGGAACGACAGUAAGGUGGAGUAGUAUGGGCAACAAAAUUGCUGCAACUUGCAACAAAAUCUGAUUUCUACGCAUGUUAAUUGAAAAUGUUUACACAUACAUUACAAAUCACGAGGCAACAUGUGUCAACGUUUCUACUUAACAUGGCGUUGAAAUCAGAUUUUGUUGCAAGUUGCAGCAAUUUUGUUGCUCGUAUUACUCCAGCUUUAUGUCUGAAAUACCUGGAAAAAGAUUUUGUAGAAUACUGCCUACACUGGACCAUCACGUUUGAGAUAUUUUUUCAAGUAGUUCAGACACAACCACAGCAACUUAUUGUAGAAUACUACCUACACGGAACGACCAUGUUUAAGAUAUCGUCUUCAGGUAGUUCAGACACAAACCGCGAGAGCUUAUUGUAAAAUACUACUUACGCUGGACCACCACGUGUGAUAUAUCUUUUUCAGGUAGUUCAGACACAAACCAUGACAGCUUAUUGUAGGUUUAAACCAACGUUAUAAAACCAAUAAAUUUUUAUGCACAGAAUACGAAACGAAAAAAUGCCAUCAUCAAUUUCUAACAUGUUCAAAAUAAGAAUAAAUGACAGAUAUGAUUUAAGAAGUAACAACAACUAAUCUUGGAAAACCUGAAAAAAAUUUUAUGAAAAAGAGUUUUAGUUAUUCAGCUGCCUCCCUUUGGAAUGACUUAUCAAUUACAGCAAAAGAAAAAGGCAUUAGCCUUAACAAAUUUAAACGUAUUCUUGACGGCACUUGAUUCAAUUUGGUAACUUUGUAAAUAUUUAAAUAGAAAUAGGACAUAUUCAGAAACAAAUGUAGUGCAUGCAAUUAUUAAGUUCGUUAUGUUUUCUCUGUUUUGUGUAUAUAUUUGUGUUAUUAUAUUUAUAGCUUGUAAAUACUUGUAACAAACGGCCUCUUGAAAAACAGGUGCCUACGAGCCCUAAAAGCUACCGUUUUAAAAUAUUUUUUAAAUAAUAAUAAUAAUAAUAAAAGGUUGUUUCACCAUGUUUGAGAUAUCUUUUUUCAGGUAGUUCAGACACAAACGACGUCAGCUUAUUGUACAAUACUACCUACACUGGACAACCACGCUUGAGAUAUCUUUUUGAGAGUACUAAUAGUGUAGAUAUUUGAUCUAUUGUGGAUUACUACCUAUGCUAAACCCUCACAUUCGAGAUAGCAUUGUCCUACAUGUCAGGCUUUUUUUCAGGGAUUUUUUAGGGCCGUUAAACGGCCCCAAAAACUCAAUCUUGAAUUGAAUUUUGAAACUCAAUCUUCUCACCAAAGUUUCAGUGCAGUAAAAAUGAAGUUGUUUGAGUUAAAUUCGUGACGUGUGGAAAUUAGUUUUCAGUUGGAAACCCGACAAUUACGGAAAAAAUGGCUGGAAUUCAUCUCACAACACAAGAAAAAUUAUGCAUUCGCCAUCUUUAACCAGUUUAUAGUGUCCCUCAGUGCCCCUGCUUUAACACAUUCCGUAACCACCCCAGCUGUUCGGCUAAACUCAAUCUUCUCUGCAAAAACGGACCCAAGAGAAAAUCCUGAAAAAAACCCUGCAUGUAUUCGAUCAGAUUCAUCCAUUAAUAGAGAGCAUUUCCUUAUGAAAACUUGAAAGAUCUCCAUUUGACACACAUUACCAUGUGUUAGAACAUUUGUUUUCUUUCAGUUACAUAAUGUGAACAGUGGUGAAGAAGACGAACCAAUCACUGGUAUCAUGUUUGAUAAAUUUCCAAGAUCCGACCGGACCUUUAUUGUCAUGGUUACGACACAGAGGUACAACAAGUGAAUAUGUGACCAAUAGACCGUUUAUUCAUUUUGACCCAAUCGCCUCGUUUUCGUGUUUGCCAGUUUUGGCAUGACAGCUAGGCGCACAUGAAGGUUAUAUUCCCAUGUUUCCUUCACAAAGUUAGUUUAGUUUAGAUUUCCUCUUGUGGUAACACUGGAUCAAUGAGAGAUGAUCCUUACUGGACCUCUAGGGAGAACAAUUUAGAACUGAUAUAGAGAUAUCCAGUAUAAAUAAAGUUAGUUUAGUUUAGGUUUUCUCCUGUUGUAACAUUGGAUCAAUAACAGAUGAUCCUUACUCAUGGACCUGUAAGGGGAACAGUUUAGAACUGAUAGAGCUAUCCAGUAUAAAUAAAGUUAGUUUAGUUUAGAUUUCCUCCUGUGGUAACACUGGAUGAAUAAGAGAUGAUCCUUACUGGAUCUCUAGGAAGAACAGUUUAGAACUGAUAGAGCUAUCCAGUAUAAAUAAAGUUAGUUUAGUUUAGAUUUCCUCCUGUGGUAACACUGGAUGAAUAAGAGAUAAUCCUUACUGGACCUCUAGGAAGAACAGUUUAGAACAGAUAGAGCUAUCCAGUAUAAAUAAAGUUAGUUUAGUUUAGAUUUCCUCCUGUGGUAACACUGGAUGAAUAAGAGAUGAUCCUUACUGGACCUCAAGGGAGAACAGUUUAGAACUGAUAGAGCUAUCCAGUAUAAAUAAAGUUAGUUUAGUUUAGAUUUCCUCCUGUGGUAACACUGGAUGAAUAAGAGAUGAUCCUUACUGGACCUCUAGGAAGAACAGUUUAGAACAGAUAGAGCUAUCCAGUGUAAAUAAAGUUAGUUUAGUUUAGGUUUCCUUUUGUAGUAACACUGGAUCAAUAAGAGAUGAUCCUUACUUGAUCUCUAGGAAGAACAGUUUAGAACUGAUAGAGCUAUCCAGUAUAAAUAAAGUUAGUUUAGUUUAGCUUUCCUCCUGUAGUAACACUGGAUCAAUAAGAGAUGAUCCUUACUUGAUCUCUAGGAAGAACAGUUUAGAACUGAUAGAGCCUUUUAGUAUAAAUAAAGUUAGUUUAGUUUAGGUAUCCUCCUGUAGUAACACUGGAUCAAUAAGAGAUGAUCCUUACUUGAUCUCUAGGAAGAACAGUUUAGAACUGAUAGAGCUAUAUCCGGUAUAAAUAAAGUUAGUUUAGUUAAUUAGGUUUCCAUUGUAGUAACACUAGAUCAAUAAGAGAUGAUCCUUACUGCAUGGAUUUCUAGGGAGUAUAAAUAAAGUUUAAAAUAUAAAAUAAUGCAAAAUUGUGGUAGCUAGUUUUCGAAUUGGUCGAAUGAUAUUUUUUCUGUUGCAGUCGUUUGUUUCAGUUUAUCGGAGAAGCUUCCUUGUCAGAACCGCCGCUAUUUGUUCCUUUGUUCAGCCAGUUUGAAACCAAUCCAGGUAUUUUUUAUUGAAUUAUACCGAUCACCUAAAUUUGCUUGACAGUUGUUGCGUUGCCUUCCUCCACCGUUAAAAAGUUUCCUAAUUAUUUUUCCCUACAGCCAGUUUUCUUGAACUGCCGUCUGACAAACUUGAAUGGAGUCAACUGGUGUUUUAUUAUGCCAAAGCAAGAGGCACCCCAAGCUCUUUCGCUUGGCUGUCAGGUAUUUUGAUCAGUGGUGCUUAAAUUACUUUGAAUUUAUACUCGAGUAAAAGUAGAAGUAAUUAACAAUAAAACGACUUGAGUAAGAGUAAAAAGUACUGGAGGCAAAACGUACAAAGUAUCAAAAAGUACAAAGUAUCAAAGUAGUAAAAAGAACAAAGUAGUAAAAGUAAGUAAGUACAAAGUAGUAAAAAGUACAAAAUAUCCUUAAAAAAUACUUGAAGUAAAAAGUAAAAGUAAAAGUACUAUUGUCUGUAGCGUGUAGGGGGGGGGGAGGGGACUUCUCCAAUGGAUUGACAUAGAAAACAACACACGCAUUGUAUGCGUGCACCUAAUAUACAAUAUUUCACGGCAUUGUCUACUUUCCAGACCCCGUUGAAGAUAUAAGAAAUCCAUUAAAUAAAUAAUGCUUAUAAGUAAGCCACAAACAAGAUCCCAGACGCAUGUAGAGUUCCUAGUACCUAUCCCGAAAUUAAAAUAAAUCACGAGUGAAUCACGUAAAAUUAAAAAAAUUGAAAAAUCCAUAGAAGAUCAUAGAAUGGAAAUUGUAUGGACCAAUUUAUUGGAAAUAGAAUGGAUUUUGGUUAUCCAUAAUAAUUGUAUAUUCCCAUAGUAUGGAUAUAGUAUGGAAAUAAUAUGGAUAUACUUUGGAUUUGGUGGUGCAAUUGCAAAUUUCAUAGUAUGGAUUUCACUUUUUUUUCCAGUGACAUAAAACUAAUUUAGAUAACAUGCAUAUAUAAGGAGUCAGAUCCAUUGUAUACUUUACUCAUGAUACAUUCGCUUGGGUUUGAUAAGGAAAUUGGCACCCCCCUCCUCACCAAGGCUGGGAAAAGUGGAUGCCCCACCCCUCCAAAAAAUCAACCCCUCCUCCUAACCCCCACCUACCCCCACCCACCCCACCCCUGGUUUACCUGCGUGUCUUUAAUUUACUUGUCUGUUAAACUUUAAUAACUGUCUAGGACCUGGGGUCUACUGUGGCGGACUGAAUUUUGACAGCACACCACAAGACAGCGAUAGUUCAAUCACAUUACAGGCUCGAUUACUUCCCUAUGUCUCAGCAGACGGCCAGAGCUCCAGUCCACCAAUUGCUCUAGCGCUGACCCAGUUUCAUGUUUUACUUUUGUAUAAGGACCGGUAAGCCAUCUAAUCAUCUGCUUAACUUCUAGGAAGAACCGUUUGGGAGCGAUAGAACUAUCCAGUAUAAAUGAAAUAAAGUUAGUUUAGUUUAUGUUUCCUCCUGUUGUAACACUGGAUCAAUAAGAGAUUAUUCUUACUGGACCUCUAGGGAGAACACUUUAUAGGUGAUGGAGCUAUCUAAUUAUAUUAAAUAAAGUUAGUUUAGUUUAGGUUUCCUCCUGUAUUAACACUGGAUCAAUAAGAGAUGAUCCUCACUGGACCUCUAGGUAGAACAGGUUAGAACUGAUAGAGCUGUCCAGUAUAAAUAAAGUUAGUUUAGUUUAGGUUUCCUCCUGUAGUAACACUGGAUUAAUAAGUGAUGAUUCUUACUGGACCUCUAGGAAGAACAGUUUAGAACUGAUAGAGCUAGCCAGUAUAAAUAAAGUUUGUUUAGUUUAGAUUUCCUCUUGUAGUAACAGUGGAUCAAGAAGAGAUGAUCCUCACUGGACCUCUAUAGGCAGAACAGUUCAGAACUGAUAAAGGUAUCCAGUAUAAAUUAGUUAAAGUAAUAUUGGUAAAGUGAAAAGCAAGAAAGAAGCAACAAUUAUGUAAUGAUAAAUAAUAAUUUUGUAUUUUACAGAUUCGAAGCUGUUUGCUUAUUGAACGACCAAGUUGUGUUUCAAGAUCUUCUACCUGAAAGGGUGAGACGACGACGUUUUUCUUACCAACGUGUUUACCAACAGAAUCGUUCACCAAUGCACUCUUUCCAAGAUAGUGACUCUGAUUGAUUGAUUGAUUGAUUUACAUAUUGUAUUGGCAUAUGACUGUUGACAUUGCUUUGUAGUCUUCAAUAGUUGAGUGAGUCAUGCUUUGAAAGUGACAAUAAUGUUUAUUACCCAAAUAAUGACCGCUCCCUAAUAUAGCAUAGCAUAAAAUGCAACAUUUCAAACUUAUUAUUUAGCAUGGUCAGAUGCUUGGGAUGGUUACAGAUCCUGUGAAGAAAACUAUCUGGGUCUUCUCAACCGGAGCCAUCUUCGAAUACCACGUUAACAAGGAAACGAGGUGAGACUAGGAUUUUGUUUUUUUAACACGGAGUAGACGUGAUCAAUAUGCUGGUAAUGCCCGUAUAGCGACGAAUAGCGACCCGAUUAACAUUUGAGUCUGGCUCGGAUAUUCAGGCUAUUGAAAUCAAAGAUUCGAUCAUGAUAAACUGAGGAAAGCCAUGGACGGAUUUUUAGGGGAGGUGUGGGAAGGUGCACACCUUCCCUGAAAUCGUUUUGCACCUCACCUGAGAAUUUUUGCACCUCCCUGAAAAGGCAUGCACCUCCCCUUGGGGAAGUUUCAAUGACAGAUCAAAGUGAAAAUUUGUGACAUUUUAUGGUUGCUUAGGUUUUACACUUCGUAAGAAAGUUUUUCUGUAAAAUUGAAACAGUGAUAGCCAUUCAUCUCUGUGUCAAGUACUCUUUUAGUGCAAUGUUUUGAAAGAAACUUUGUAGUAAUUGUAAUGAAGGGCAAAAUUGGAUGAGUUGUACAGUCGUAAUUCAUUAAUACACUGAUACAUAUGUACACUACAUGCAUACGUCACGUCGUUGACGUUGACCCGUUCGAAGGCCAACUUUUCAUGGGCGUCGUGAGCUAGACAGCUGCACCUCCCCCUAAAUUUUGUUCCACCUCCCCCACUAUUUCCACCAAAAUCCGGCCUUGAGGAGAGCUGCUGGGCUUGAUUUGAGAGGACAUAGAUUCUAAGCUAGUAAAAAUAUCACCUCGUAUCUUGUUAAUAGGCAUGUAUGGAAAUUGUAUUUGGACAAAGGGAUGUUUGAAGAAGCUGAAGAGUACGCGAGGGUGAGUUGUUUCCAGUGUAGGGCAUGGGAGGGCUUCCUUCGAAUUUUCUAAAACUUCCUAACUUAUUUGAAAAUAGUAGGAUUUUAAUGUUUUAACUAAGGUUUUAGAUUUUUAGUAACAAUAAGACUGUGUUGAAAGAGAAAUAUAGACAUUGAUGUCGUCCAAAAGCACAAAUUCUUUCGAAAACUUUUCCAAUAUUAUUAGAAUAUUAUUAGAAUGGAACGGACGAGGAUUCAUCCAAAUAGUUUUCUUCACUUCAUUAAUGGUUAAUAUCUCACCUCUUUGACGACAUUCUCACAUAUGUUUCUAGUCAUGUUAUAGACUGGCCCUACAUUGAUUCGAUUAAUACCAUAGCCAUCUUCAGAGUUUUGAGCAAUAUUGUUCUCGUUUAUUCACAGGAUAACCCAGUUCAUACAGAUGAAGUCUUAAGAAGAAAAGCUGAAAACUUUUUCAACAACAAGCAGUAAGUAAAAGAAAGUAACGGUUUUCUAUUGACACAGUUAUCCAGUUGAAAUAAAGUCAAGUUUGGCUAAGUUCUCUAAACUCUCACUUCUCAACUCUCAUGCAAACUCUCGCUUCUCAACUCUCAUCAGUUCUCAUACAAACGCUCGCUUCUCAACUCUCAUCAACUCUCAUGCAAACUCUCGCUUUUUAACUCUCGUCAACUCUCAUGCAAACUCUCGCUUCUCAAUUCUCAUCAACUUUCAUGUAAACUUUUGCUUCUUAACUCUCAUCAACUCUCGUGUAAACUCUUGCUUCUCAACUCUCAUUACCUCUCAUGCAAACUCUCGCUUCUCGACUCUCAUCAAUUCGUUUGAUCUGGGUUUGACUUAAUAGAUAUCGACCAGCAGCCGCGACGUUUGCUUUAACGCAAGCAUCAUUUGAAGAGGUUGCAUUGAAGUUCAUUCAAGUGUCGGAGCAAGAUUCUUUGAAAGUAUUUCUGGUGAAGAAAUUGAAUAAUAUGGACAAUAAGGUUUGUUGGAUAGGGCUGUUCAUAUGUAUAUCUGCCCACCACAUACCAUGCCAUACCAUACCAUACCAUACCAUACCAUACCAUACCAUACCGUACCAUACCAUACCAUGCCAUACCAUGUCAUGUCACACCAUGCCAUACCACACCAUACCAUACCAUAUCUUACCAUAUCUUACCAUAGCACAACAUACCUUGUCAUACCACACCAUUCCAUACUAUUACAUACAUAACUUACCACAAACCACACCAGAUCAUACCACACCAUUCCAUAUCUUGCCAUUCCAUGCCAUACCAUACUACAUACCAUCAUCCCUUGCCAUGCAACACCAUACCACCUUGAACCAUAUCACUUCAUUUCAUACCAUGCCACACCAUUGCAUCACAUACCAUACCAUACCAUACCAUACCAUACCAUACCAUACCAUACCAUACCAUACCAUACCAUACAAUACAACAUCACAUUAUACCAUUCACAGGGUACCAUUCAAUACCACACCAAUAGCUUACCGCACCAUACUAAUCCAUACAGCACCAUACCAUACCAUUUCUUGCCAUGCUACACCGCACCGUAUCACACCAUUUCAUACCAUGCCACACAUCAAGUCAAGUCAAUCAAGUCAAUUUAUUUUAGCCAAUAAAAAAAAAAAAUGUUUACAAUAUCAAACAGAAAAAAAAAAUUACAUUUUGUAAGGCAAGGAAACCCAAAAGAAACCAUAAGGGCUUAUGUAAUUUGGGCCACCUAGAUCAAACUACAGUAAUACAUAUAUAGCAAAGUUUUAGUGUUAGCUGUAAAAACAUAUCGAGCAAGAUACAAUGUGUAAACGAACAAACAAAAUUUGGAUGAAAAGGAAAAAUAGACCAAAAAAUUGGGAUCAGGUUUUUGACAAAGCAUAGAUAGAAACUAUGUUACAUUGAUUGUGUGUUUAAAUAAUACAAAAUUAAAGUCUAAAUAAAUAUUCUUUAAGUUUUUUCCGAAAACCGGAGACGGAUGAAGCAUCAUAUAUAUUUUUGGGGAGGGAGUUAAAAAAUUUAGGACGCCAUGCCAUAUUAUACCAUACCACAUCAUUGUCCGUACAAUACAACACCACAACAUUUCCUAACAUGUUACACCACGCUUUGUCAUGCCGUACCAUACCAUGUCACCUUUCUAAAUCUAAACCUUCACUCGUUUGAACCUUUUCUCUGCUAGGACAAAAGUCAGAUCACGAUGAUUACAAUGUGGCUUAUUGAACUUUACUUGAACGAACUUGGAGAAUUACGAGAUGUCGGGGAAGAGAAGAGGCAAGAUUUCGAAAGAGUGCAGGAUGAUUUCAGAAAACUGCUUGCAACAAACAAAGUUAAGGUGGGAAAUUCAUCGCGUAUACAGUACGUUAUGUGUGACUUCACCUUAUUUAUACUGAACGGCUCGUAUCAGUACUAAAUUAUUCUCCUAGAGGUCCAGUAAGUGUUACCUUGUGUUGAUCCAGUGUUACGUCAGGAGGAAACCUAAGCUAAAUUAACUUAACUGAUACUGGUUAGCUCUAUCAGUUCUAAACUGCUCUCCUAGAGGUCAUGCAGAAGGAGUCAUAUCUUAUUGAUCCAGUGCUACUACAGGAGGAAACUUAAACUAAACUUAACAUUAUUUAUACUGAAUAGCUUUAUCAGUUCUAAACUGUUUUCCCUGAAGGUCCAGUAAGGGUCAUAUCUUAUUGAUCGAGUGUUACUACAGGAGGGAACCUAAACUAAACUUAACUUCAUUCAUACUGAAUAGUUCUAUCAGUUCUAAACUGUUCUUCCUAGAGGUUCAAGUAAGGAUAACCUUUUAUUGAUCCAGUGUUACUACGGGAGGAAACCUAAAGAAACUAACUUUAUUUAUACUGAAUAGCUCUAUCAGUUCUAAACUCCGUAGAGGUCCAGUAAGGAUAAUCUUUUAUUGAUCCAGUGUUACUAGAGGAGGAAACCUAAACUAAACUAACUUUAUUUAUACUGGAUAGCUCUAUCAGUUCUAAGCUGCUCUCCCCAGUUGUCCAGUAAGGGUGAUCUCUUAUUGAUCCAGUGUUACUACAAGAGGAAAUCUAAACAAAACUAACUUUAUUUUUACUGUUCUCCCGAGGUCCAGUAAUAACCAUCCUUUGCAUUGGUCUAACUUUUUUUUUGUAUUCUUGUAUACAAAUGAAGACCUCGCUGGAUGAGAGCAGACGAACAGCCUACGAAUUGAUAGCUAGUCAUGGUGAUGUCGAAAACCUGAUAUUCUUAGCCAUGUUGAUGAAAGGUUUGAUGUGCAUGAGUCUCGAUUUUGUUUUGUUUUAUUCAUACUUAUUUCCAAGCCACUUGCUUGCCAAUGAUAGCAGUACGACUUCGAUGACUUAAACCCGUUUUCCACCUCACCAUUUCACUCGCCGUCCCGCAACAUUUCCGAUUCAUUUUUAUACAAAUUCUGGUUCUGAACUAGGGUACAUUUUGAUUUACGUGCGGGGAGCAAGCGUCGGACAAAGCUACAGUGCGGUUGGACACAAAUACACUCGGGUCGGACAAUUUUAAUAUGUUUGUGUCAAAAUUAGGCAUUCCCCACUGAUGGUUAACUGUGUAAAAGUCUGGAACGUAGCCAUUGCAUAUUUUUGGGACACUCAUUCUCAACAUUUUUGUGUUCAGAUUUUGAACGUGUCAUUCACCACCAUAUACAACACGAUGACUACAGAGCUGCCUUGGAAGUCCUGAAAAAACAGGUUUGUUAUAAACUAUUCACUCUAUACGAAAACCUAAAUUAAACUGACUUAGUUGGAUAGCACUAUCAGUUCUAAACUGUUAUCUCUGUAGGUCCAGUGAGGAUCAUCUCUUAUUGAUCCAGUGUUACUGCAGGAGGAAACCUAAACUAAACGUCUAACUUUAUUUAUACUGUAUAGCUCUAUCAGUUCUAAACUGUUCUUCCUAGAGGUUCAAUAAGGAUCAUCUCUUAUUGAUCCAGUGUUACUACAGGAGGAAACCUAAACUAAACUAACUUUAUUUAUACUGGAUAGCUCUAUCAAUUCUAAACUGUUCUCACUAGAGGUCCUACAGGAGGAAACUGGAAUGCUAGGAGAAAACCUGCUGUAUUUGCUACAGUGAAAUAAAAAAAAAAUUAAAUCUGUAUUUUUCAGAACGAGCCUGAUCUUUAUUACAAAUUCUCUCCAGUCUUAAUGCAACAUAUCCCCGAGGAUACAGUGAACGCGUGGAUUGAGCAGAUGAAAAGGCUGGACCCGAGAAAGCUUAUUCCGGCUCUAGUCUAUUACGAACAGAAGGAAGAUAAGGCCUUGGUAUGUGCUUGUUGAUUUUUUCUUCAUUGGCUUUGCAGACAGGCUUUUAGUCAAGAUUCUGUAAAAGGGCGUCCAAUUUCGGUGAUGGAGACCUUACGAUUUUAGGACGGCAUCGCGACGACGACGGCCAAAACAAACUCCUUCCAAUAAAUGGUAGUAAAGAUAAUUCGUCGUAUAUUAUCAAUCGUAUGAAUUGAAUACAGUCUUAGAAGUUGAAGACAUGGGUUUUAUGUUUGGGAAGAGUUCUGCUGAACCCAGUUUGAAGUUGCACUUGUUGCGGCUUGAAAUGCAGCCGUUGUAUCAAGACGUGAAAGUCUGUGAUUUGGCGUUGUAAACAGAGGGAGGACAAUGUAUACAUUGUUUGUGUGAUGUUACUCUGAGUGUAUAUCCACACCGGGCAGGCUUGAAAAAUAUGCCUGGCCACGGCGGGAUUCGAACCUACGACCUUUGGAAUACUAGCCCAAUGCUCUUCCAACUGAGCUACGCGGUCAGGACGGUUCGAGUAUGCGAUAUUUCGGAACUGAGUCUAGUUCCUUCGAUAUCAGUGUAAUCUAAUAAUCAUAAAAUCUGCUGUGUUGGUGUAGAUUACACUGAUAUCGAAGGAACUAGACUCAGUUCCGAAAUAUCGCAUACUCGAACCGUCCUGACCGCGUAGCUCAGUUGGAAGAGCAUUGGGCUAGUAUUCCAAAGGUCGUAGGUUCGAAUCCCGCCGUGGCCAGGCAUAUUUUUCAAGCCUGCCCGGUGUGGAUAUACACUCAGAGUAACAUCACACAAACAUCUUAUUCACCUGAGUACAUUACACCAACACAGCAGAUUUAAUGUAUACAUUAUUCGUAUAUUGUAAUUAUUCAAUUAUUUUCAAUGAUUUAUUGUAUUGGUAGCCGUUGCCGUCGCGUUGCCGUCCUAAAUCGUAAGGUUUCUGAUGACUCACCUCUCACCUCCUGGGCAGAUUUCGAAACCAUGUCCCUCUUGAAAACCACUAAAAUUUCAGGGCUUUCAAAAUAACCCGGUGGGUGCCAUGAUGUUUAACGCCAGUUAUUUGUUUAGUAUUUGAAAUAUCAAUUCUGCUUUCCUUCCUCCAUUCUAGGCUUUCAAACAAAGUUAGUUUUUCUCAACCUGCUCUACUUUAUAGCCUGGUUGUUUUCGAAAACGACGUACUAUUUCGUGAAACUGAUUGAGUUAUUUGUCAUCUUAAAUCUUGAAGUUUAUUAGGGGUGCACCGGGUUUCAAAUCCGGCCGGAAUUCCGGCCGGAUUUAACGAAUUUUCCGGCAUCCGGACGGAUUUAAAUUUCUGUUUUCAUCUUAAAAAUUCACCAAGAAUGGGAUAAACCAUCAAUUUGGUAGCUUUAAAGUUUAAAAAAAACACUUAUACUACUAUAAAAUAUUAAGUUAUUAACAAAAAGAUAUUUAAAAAAGGUUUAAACACAAUCAAAAAUCUAAACUGACACUAACUAAAAAUAGAAAAAAGCAUAAACCGCCAUUUUGAAUACUGAAUUAUCCCAAUUUAUUCCCAAUUGUCCCCUAUUACCGGUUUUCUCUCAAAUCCGGCCGGAAUUCCGGCCGGAAUUUUUGUUCAAAUCCGGUAAAUCCGGUUCCGGCCGGAUUUGAAAAUUCCAAAUCUGGUGCACCCCUAAAGUUUAUCUUGUUGAAGAAUGAAAGUAGUGAUACAUUAUAAUUUGGUUACAGAGCUCAGUUGUGUUGAUAUCUAAUGUAUCCCUACUUGACUGCAAAACUUGAAUAUUAUUUCUGUUAUAUUUUUUAUUUCUUAGAUCGAACAAGCAGUGCGAUAUUUAGACUUCUGUGUGGAAAUCCUCGGAGUACGGGAUCAAGCUAUUCACAACUAUCUACUGUCCUUAUACGUGAAACAACUGGACGAUGUCUCACUCAUGAGAUAUUUACAACUUCAGGGACAAGUAUGUUAAAUUAACUCUGUACUCGGAAGCUCUCACUGUCUAAGCUUUUCUCUCUAAAGGUCCAUUGAUGUCCAUCUCUUAUACCGAAAGAAACCUGAACUAAACUAUCCUUAUCUAUGCUACAUAGUUCUAUCCUUUUUAAGCUGUUCUCCCAGAUGUCCAAUACGGAUCAUUCCUUAUUGAUCAGGGUGUUACUACAGGAGGAAAUAUAAAUUAACUAACUUCAUUUAUACUGGAUAGCUUUUAUCAGUUAUAGACCUGAAACGAGGGGUAUUCCACAAAAAAUUACCCUGAGGGAUGAAAUAUUCCGAGGGCGAAAUUACCCUGAGUGAUGAAAUAUUCCGAGGGCGAAGCCCGAGGAAUAUUUCAUCCCGCAGGGUAAUUUUUUGUGGAAUACCCCGAGUGAAAGGUCUAUAAAUGGUAUAUUAUACCGAACCUUUCAAAAAUAAGUAGAAAACAAAUACCAUUCAAUUAACUUUUAAUUUCAAAACACAACUUUUGAUAACUUUACAUUUAAAAAGUCGAAUUUCCCGCUCAAGCGUGGUAUUCGAAGUCGAAUACCAUGGCCCCGGGUAAAACACCCAGGGUUCAAAUUGCCUAGGUCAUAGUAUUCACUGAAAAAUACCAUGGUCAUGUGGUACAAAUUUAGUUCUCUGAUUGGACAAGCUCAUUGUGAGGUAUAAUAUUAUCAGUUAUAAACUGUUUGCCUCCACAGGUUCGGUUAUUUUCAUCCCUUAUUGUUCUAGUGUAUUACUACAGGAGGAAACCUUAACUGAACUAACUUUAUUUAUACUGGAAGCUCUGCCAGUUAAAGAGUUUUAGAUUGCUCUCUAUACUAGAAACAUAAACUAAACUAGCUUUGUUCGUACUGGAUAGCUCUAUCAGUUCUAACCUUUUCUCCCCAGAGGUGCUGUAAGGAUCAUCUCUUAUUGACCCAGUGUUACUACAGGAGGAAAUCUAAACUAACUUUAUUUACACUGAAUAGCUUUAUCAGUUCUAAACUGUUCUCCCCCUAGAGGUUCAGUAAGGAUCAUUUCUUAUUGAUCCAGUGUUACUAUACAGGAAUAAACUAACUUUAUACUGGACUAGUUCUAUCAGUUCCAAACUGUUCUUCCUUAGAGAUACAGUAAGAGAUAUUACAAUGGGCAUUUUAACUAAAUUAACUUUAUUUAUACUGGAUAGCUUUAUCAGUUUUAAACUGCUCACAAUAUUUUAGGACAGAGACGAAGUCAGCUACGACUUGGAAUACGCGUUGAGAUUGUGUUCAGAGCAUGAUCUUAAGCCGGCCUGUGUUCACAUCUAUAGCACUAUGGGCUUGUAUGAGGAAGCCGUUGACCUCGCUUUACUUGUAAGUAGUCUGAUAUAUCGUUUUCACUUGGUGUGGCAUAGUCGGUUAGAUAUUCAGUGGGCAGAGCUUUCAAAAUAAUCUGGGGACCAGGCCUAGAAACAGGCUUUUUAGCAGGGAUCCUGAAAGAGGGCGUCCAAUUAACACUGAGUCAGUUUUCUGAAACAAAUUUCUUACAAAUCCUUCAAAACUUAGAAUUUACUUAUGCAACGUUCCUACUGUGAUCACAGAAACUUUGCUAGUGUAAAUCGGCCUUCAUAGUCGGUUGAUGUAAAUAUCUUUAGUUUGAUGUUGAACUGGCAAAGAUUCAAGCAAGCAAGCCUGACGAUGACGAGGCUCUGCAGAAGAAACUUUGGUUACGAAUUGCCAGACAUGUUGUCGAGAAACAGGAGGAUGUAAAAAAGUAG